AUGGAUGGGGACCAAAAUGACGGCGAUUAUGGCAAAGCGGGGGCAAAGUCGAGAAGGAAAAAUAAGCAGCAGUCAUUGUCACUCGCCGAAAUUGCCAGAGCCGCUCCCCAUACCCUCGAGGAAAACUUGGAGCAACUGCUAUCGACGUCCUUCGAUGCUUCGUUCAAUGUGAACGGCGCGGGCGACCUUGACCCAUCAUCCUCGCAGAUGGAUGGCGGCUUUGGUUUCGGCUUUGAUGAUAACCCCUUCGGCGGGCCAGAUGAUCUGGACCUGGCUGGCAUAGGGGAGGAGCUCGCGAAGGAACUCGGUGAAGGUUGGGGUGUCCCUGGUCAAUCUCAUAUGCAAGAUGCUAAUCUCGAUAUCGGCUUGGAGAUUAACAAUGCUGAUGCUGACAUGAACCUGGGGAAUGACUUUGUAUUUGGUCUGGACGAGCAACCUCCCAAUCCCAACGGUCUUCAAGAUAUUGAUAUGCAAAAUCGUGAACUACCCGAUGAUGUUCCACAUAUAGGUGAAGGCGUCGGCCCUGGAUCACCCGACAGGACAUCCAGACUAGCUGACAGCCCCGUACCUCUGCUCGAGCAAGGCAUACAUGAGACCGAAGGACAAGCACCCGGUCUGGUAGCCCCAGAACUCGUGUCAACGACUAGGAAGCCGAAGCGCUCUCGUUUACUUCUCGAUACCCGUACGGAGCUGACGGAUGAGGAGCUGCAGGCGGCCCGGACCAAUUAUCUCCACGGGCAAAACCUUCUAAGAGAUGAGCUGGAACUCAGGCGUUUCGAGAAGGACGGCGUGAAGAUUAUCGAGGAGAUAAUUUGCGGAGUUCCGCGAGCCUUCACCUCGCAAGCUCUAAUGGACUUUUGGUCCCAGACCCUGAAGGUCCAAAUUCAAGCUCGUUUUCCCAUGAUGGACGCAGACGAUGGUCCAGCAAGGAAACGCAGAAGAACCGCGGAGGCGGACGCCGAGGGACCUCUUAAUAGACCUUACAUCGGGGAUAUCGAGGGCCAGUUCGCGGACGUUGGUAUUGGAAUGGACAUAGAUGCACCUCCGGAUGUGCAAGAUUACAUGCAGCAAUAUGACGGAGAGUACGGCGCAGCCUUCGGUUCGGGACGCAUUCGUUCAUCUGAAGAACCUGGUGAAGCACGUCGAGCGUCCCGUCCCCCGAGUGGUCUUGGAAGUUACUUGGAUCUAGGGGGAGCACACCUUCCAUUAGGCAGUUCUCAACGAAGCUCCUUAUUUCCUUGGGAUAACGCUGGGCUGAGUUCUUCUGCCGCUGGAGGUCCAUUCGGUUCACUGGGCUUCGGCAGUGGCAGGAUGAGCGUCGGUCAGGUCGAUAUCCAGCUAAGGCGCUCUCGCUCCGGCAGCAGGAGGGCAAGUUCCGUGGUCUUCGAUCGGAUGGGUAGCGUUUUUGGGGACGUGCGAAUGUCACCAAUGAUUGGAGAUUUACAGAAUGGAAAAGACGACGACUUCGUGUUUAACUUGCCAGGGGAAGAUAGACCCGUUGUGGAUGAUUCUCAGAUAUCCGAGAUGAAUCUCAUGACAUUGGAGAGGAACUCCCAUAACUUCUUAGAAUACACCAAGAUGCAACUACAAAGUCUACCACUGAAUGCCGAUUCUCUGACCUUUGACGACGUCGUCCCGAAGGAUACUAGUACGCCACAUGUCGCGGCGGCCGCUUUUUACCAUUGCUUAGUUCUCGCUACCAAGGACCUCCUUCGCCUUGACCAACCCGUUCCGUAUGGCGCUGUCAAAUUGACCUUCAAGUAA